CCGAUAGGUGCUGAGAGAAGAGAGAGGAAUGGAAGACAAACAGGAAACGCCUAAAACGACGUCGAAGAAAUCACGUACAGGAGCAGCAGCAGGAGCAGCUAAGAGGUCUAUUGAUACAUAUGCUGCUCAGUGUGAAAAAUGCUUGAAAUGGAGGGUGAUUGAUAUGGCAGAAGAGUACGAGGAGAUUAGAAGUAAAAUUACAGAAAAACCUUUUGUUUGUGAGCAAAGACCUGGUGUUUCCUGCAAAGAUCCUGCUGAUAUUGAGUAUGAUGACACUCGAGUCUGGGUCAUUGACAGGCCUGGCCUUCCAAAGACCCCUGAAGGUUUUCAGAGAAGCUUGUUGCUUAGAAGAGAUUUCUCAAAAAUGGAUGCUCACUAUGUUACUCCAACUGGGAAGAAAUUAAGAACUCGUAAUGAGGUAGCAUCAUUUCUUGAAGCAAAUCCUGAAUACAGUGAUGUACCCCUUUCAGAAUUCACUUUCACUGUCCCGAAGAUAAUGGAUGAUACUAUUCCUGAAGAUGUUGUGAGAAAGGGCUCUGCCACUGCUGAUGGUAAGAAAAGAGGUAAAACAUCAAAGGCUGUUGUUUCAGCUGGAACUGCUGGGGAUUAACUGUUAGCUGCCCUUCAUUUAUUUUUUUCUUGGGCCACGUAUUUCUGGAGUUACAUUAUCGAGAAUUGAUUUUUGUGCAAUUGAGCUGCUCAUGUGUCGAUUGUGAGUAGUACGAAUCAAGACUUAGUUGAGUAGUGUGUGGUACAAUUGAACCGCUCACCUUGCCUUAUGUUUUUGUUUCUGUUUUAUCGGCACUGUUCUAUUAUCAGAAAGGAUAAUUAGGGAAAAAGGUGGUAACAUUUGACUAAAUUUUUUGGUAGAACCAUGGCCUCAGAAAUAGCUAGUGUUAUGGUGGAAUUAUGGUGUGGCUAAUGCUAUAGUAGUAAAUAUGAUGUUAAUAA